UAUGAACAAGUAAAGGGAAUAAUGUGUCGCAGGUUGUUUAUGCUCAGCAAAUUUGUUGAAAUAUAGGGUGAAUUUAUGACGGGCUAAAUUUUCAGGAAUUUUGGACUUCGACACGAACGCAUUAGAAAGUUCAGUGGAUAACUUUGAGGAAGCGCUGCGGUCAGCGAUUCGCUCGGGCGAUGCACAGUCUGAAGCGGAGAUUCGAAUGUAUCUCAGCGUCGCCUUUUGGAUGUCUGGAAAUUUGAACGAUUCCAAAACGGAGCUGAAAACGGCGCUGGAUUUGGUCAUAUCCAGUCGCCAUUUCGAUUACCCGGCAUCAGGCAUUCGACGGACCGUGUUCACCCUGGCGGAAACGCUGUGUAUACUCUGUUUGUGUUUGGUCGCCUCUGUCACCGACGUUGAUGAAGCGCUCUCCGUUUUGGUCAAAUUGUCAUGGAUUCACCAGUAUCUAGUGCAUUUGUGUCCCGAGAACGACCUUCCACAUGCUGAGUCACUCUUGUCGGCAAGCAAACUUCACAGUGGCCAACCGGAAGCUAACCGCCUUAUAUUCGUUCAGGUUGACGAAAUCCUGUUUAUUUUCUCAGUUAUGAAAGGCUCCUCUGACAUGCGAGUAAUACGAAUGGUAGAUUUUGACAUUCACAGCGUGGCCUCCUCUCUGAAGCCGUCAUAUUGUGGCACAAAGUAAGA